AUGGUGAAGAUUUUUGUUGGUGGUCUAGCUAGAGGUUCUAAGUCUGAUGACUUAAGGGCACGCUUCGAAGUCUUUGGUAAAGUAACAGAGUGCGAGAUUAUUAGUUCCUACGCCUUUGUGCAUAUGGAGAAUGAAUCCGAAGCUAAUCAAGCGAUUUCAAAACUUCAUCUCACCGAAUUUAAUGGUUCCAGAAUAAGCGUUGAGUUGAGUCAUGGCCGUAAACGUAGUGGUCCUAUGAGGUUUAGAGAUCGGCGAUAUGUUGCUCGCGAUCAAUCUAGAGGUCUUUAUGACCGCGAUGGUCCUCGUAGAAUAGAUCGUCCUUGUACCUAUCCAUCAAUGCGUGACAAUAGUUAUAAUGACUCAGGUUCUUGGGGCUAUGAUUACCCUCCGCAUGCGCACUCGCAAAAAGAAUAUAAUUAUGAAUCAAGAGCACAUGGUAGCUCCUCGCGUUACGAUUCUCGUAUGGGUUCUAGGGGAGGUCAUUAUGGCAAUGAUUAUUACGGUCACAGUUAUGAAUCCACAUCUCGAGAUACCCGUAGAGAUACUUUAGAUCGUAAUCGUUACGGUGAUUAUGGUCCGCUCAUUCUCCUCUGUCUCGUAAUGAUUUUGAUCGUUACGACAGUCGGGCGCCACCUACGAGGUAUGAUUAUUCUGGUUCCACUCAUGGGUAUUAUGGAUGUGAUCGUGAUGCAGCAAAUUAUGGUUCAGCGUCAUCCUCGUAUGACUAUGGUUUCAGCAGAAGUCGAUCAGAUCGUUCGCCACCACGGAAUAACUAUCCACAUUGGCACGGCCGAUACUGAAGAGGCAACAGUCGUGUCCGAAUACAAAAUGAAUCGUGUCGUUUGUAUACUAACUUAA